AUGGGAAAGGAAGAUGAUAAUUUGGAAUUCGAAGUGAGCGCCUCCACCGCAGGCAACGGUGAUGAUGUUGUUGAUGACGACGUUUGGGAUGAUGAUGAUGCGUCAGAUUCUCCAGGUUGUGGAUCCGUCUUAGACAGAGAAUGGGCCUACAGGCAGAACCAGUUCCGUAAGAUGGGUUACAGGGAUGGGAUAACUGAAGGGCAGAAGGAUGCUGCCCAAGAGGGUUUCAAUAUCGGGUUUAUGGAAUCUGUGCAUAUUGCCUAUAGGUGGGGUCUUGUUCGGGGAAUUACUAGUGCACUAGCUAGUCUUCCUGAUAGGUUGAAGGAAAAACUGUUGCCCAGCGACCAAUGUAGAGUAAGACUUCAAAGUCUCCAUAACUCUGUCCAAGAAAUUUCAGCAGAUGACGCGCUACAAAUGUUCCACGAGAGCACUCUUGACAGUAACCGUCCAUUGGAGGAACCGCAUGUAAAAUCAGAAGAAGACGAAGCUGCAGAUUCUAGCAGGCUCGAAACUUUACCAAAGAAUCUCUUGUUGCUGUUGCAUGAGUGCCCAAAUAUUAAAGUUCAUGAAGAGAUGGCACGAGUUAUGUAAUAGCUGGGUGAAUGGAACAGCAAGCACCACUGAUCAUCAGGAGAAUUACUUGCACUGAAUUUUCAGUUUACUGUACAUCCAGGAAGGCUAUAGAUGAUUUAGGGAGUUUGUUGAAGAUGGAGCUGGUUUAAAUCCUUAAUCCUACAAAAAUUGAAAUGCAUGUUUUGAACUCAAAGGCAGUCCUUGGAUUAGUCUCGAGUUUUGUAAAUCCUGAAUGCUGUAACUAUAAAUCCUGUGAUACUUUGAGAUUUUCCUUUCUAUAUCACCCUGUGCUGUAGAUUCUUGUAAAAUGCGCAGUAUGGAUGACAAUAAUAAUAUUUUUCUUCUCGAGUUCUACA